AUGUCAACCGUGACCAACCUUGACGUCAAGAAUGUUACUCCACGGAUUCCUUCUGCUCCUCACGACUACUACCAAUAUGCGACCUUGCCGGACACAGGGUGGAUGAGAGUCUUGAUUCUUCAUCCUGGCAGUGGCUCGCUCUCUUGCAGUCUCCGGUGCCAAAAAAUCGAGGAGGCUGCAUUAGAUUUCGAAGCUCUAUCCUAUGUCUGGGGCAGCGACGUACCUCAAGACGCAAGCGACAUUGAAUGCGACAGCCAUGUCCUAAAGAUACGGCCGAACCUUGCUUCUGCACUCCUUCACAUCCGCAACGCUGAGCAGCCACGAUACCUUUUCGUGGACGCCAUUUGCAUCAACCAGGAAGACGAAGAAGAGCGGUCUCUACAGGUUCAGCAAAUGGGCGACAUUUACGCAAGCGCCUCGAAUGUACUCAUCUGGAUUGGGAGUGAUAGCGAUGGCGAAGCGAAUGAAUGCUUGAGAUUGAUCGAAACCACCAGUGCAGCUCUUGCAAACAUGAUUGAGCAUUACGAGGCUGUUGAACACAUUCCUCCAAUCGAACAUGGGAGUGGGCUCAUCUGUUUUGACUCUGACAAAUGGGACAUGGUUCGACGCCUGAUGGAUUCAGAGUGGUUUACUCGUGUUUGGGUCCUACAGGAAGUAGGACUUGCUCGAUCGGCUGUACUCUUGUAUGGCAAAUCAAGAAUGAACUGGAGCUACCUGGUCGAAUUGAUGCUCUGUGUCGCCUCACGUGCGGAUGUCGCUUCUUGUACUGGUAACAUCAAAUCUGGUAUCAUUUGGGACGCCUUCGAGGACAUCUGGCGAUCGUUCGGCAAUGCUGUUUCCUGGAGGAAUGAGUUGCCCCUAUCCAGAUCGGUGAACAGUAGGGGCGGCCACACGAGUCUGAUCAACAUUCUGAACGAUGGCCGAGUCUAUCAAGCAACUGACCAACGAGACCGUGUGUAUGCAUUUCUGAGUCACCCUAGUGCAUACUGGGGUGCUGAGAAUCCCGAGAGAGUUGUGGUAGCCGAUUACCGAAAAUCCGUCGAUGAUGUCUACCUUGAAGCAGCGAGUACUAUUCUGGAAUACGACCCGUAUGCCUGGACUACUUUGACCUGUGUUGACCAUGCCCCGAACUGCCCUUCACUCUGUGGCCAACGACCCUCAUGGGUGCCUAGAUGGGAUGAAGGGUGGCGCGUGUAUUGGUUGGGCUACCCCGAGAUGUGGUAUCGGGCUGGAGGCAAUGAUCUAACAGCAUUUCAGAUUUCGAUAUCAAAUUCGGAAUUACACCUAUCGGGCGUAGUCAUGGACUCCAUUGACUGGUCUUCACGGACAUUCGAUGCUGAAGAACUCAGACUCGAGCCACAAAAGAGAGAAGCGCCCAUACAAUCACUGUGGCAGGAGCUAGAAAAGUCCGGUUCCACCACAGUCUACGGCGAUGACAAUGAAUAUGCCUACAGCUUGGUGCUGGUAGCUGGCCGAGCAUCAGACGACGGACCUGCUGAAGACAAUCAUAAGUUACAUCGAUCUGUUUAUCAGGCAUACAAGGAAAUGCUACACGGCUGCGAUCACGAAGGCCCCACGGCGUCAUCAUCGACCAAAGGCUCUAGCUAUCAACGACAAGAAUUGCGGGAAACUAUCGAAGUCGAGACGCUUACAUACAUCAGCAACCAGCGCAGGGCUCUACACAGCCGGCGAGUCUUCCGCACAAGCAAAGGGUACUAUGGUAUCGGCCACAGCUCUGUCGAGGUUGGAGAUGUGUGCUGCGUGUUCAAGGGGGUAAACGUGCCGCUGAUUAUCCGAAAAGUGGCAGGGGAUGUGCAAGAGACCGCGCCUGAGGUGGAUGAAUAUAUCCUUGUUGGCGAAUCAUAUGUACAAGGUAUCAUGAAAGGAGAGGUGUUUGAGAUGAUAGAAAAUGAGGCGGCUGGGAAGGAUGGUGAGCUUGUUCAGCAGGAGAUAGUUCUGGUCUAG